CAUUAAAAAGGAGUGAUUUCCCAGCAGGGAAAGGAGGGGGAAGCUGCUUCCUGAUGCUGGCAGCAAAACUGCUGCGUCCUGCGUGGGAACUCUGCUGGUGGGCAUCUCCCCUCGCCCCUUCCCCAUCUGCCCUGCAGCAUCCACGUGGAAAUCCCCCCUGAAAAAGCCCAUUUUGUGACCAUGCACCACAUUUCUUUUUGCAUUCAGCAUCGGACGGACACAGGCAAUGGGUUUGGGGGCUUUGGGGGGUUUUGGGGUAUAUCUUUUUGCUGAGCCUGGCUUUGAGUCAUGGGGAAUAAUUCCAUUGCAAGGGGAGGGGGGUGUUUAACUGCAUGUGGUAGCAAUGAGUGGCAGUGGGAGGUGUUGUGAUUGCAUGGGGGAAAGCUCUGAUUUUCCCCACAAACUGGGGCUGAUGUGGCUGCUCUUGUUUAUUUUUAUGGGGGAGGAUUUUUUUUCCUUAUGUGACAUUGCAUUUAAUUUCAGUUCUCUCUCAUUGCCAAUCCCUGGCAAUGCUGGGACUCCUCCUUGCCAUCCUUGUUUGGAUGAUCAUUGCCACAGAGGGAGGAAUUGCAUUUCCUUUGGGUUGCUGCAAUGAGUUUUAGCACCCAGAAAUAUAUCCUUAUGGGUCUCUGCCUUUGAGGCGCUGCUGAUGGGUGGAAUUUUUGGUUUGCAGGUGAAGUGGAAGCCCCAAAAUGGAUGAAAUGAGGGCAUAUCCCACCUUUUGGGGCACGGAACGGAGCAGGAGGGAAGGUCCCAGCCAUCGGGCGUGCAUUACCUUCCAGCUCACGUUGGCAGCUGUGUUCACAGUGCUGCUCAUCACUGCUGUUGCCUUUGCAGUGCAGGCGUUCCAGCCCCAUCCCCAGCUCUGUGCUCAGUGUCCCUUCGACUGGGUCGGAUUCAGAGGAAAAUGCUAUUACUUUUCUGAGGAUGAGAGCAAUUGGACGUCCAGCCAGAACAACUGCUCUGCUCUUGGUGCUUCCUUGGCUGUGUUUGACAGCACUGAGGACUUGAGCUUCACAAUGAGACACAAAGGCAGCUCCCCUCAUUGGGUUGGCCUCUCACGGGAAGGCGAAGAGCAUCCAUGGAAAUGGAUGAACCAUUCUCCUUCAUCUCACCUCUUCCAGGUGCAAGGCGAUGGUCUCUGUGCAUACCUGGGGGACUUCGGGCUCAGCUCCUCCCACUGCAGCGCGCACAGGAAUUGGGUUUGCACCAAACCCGCAUUGCAAAACCCGAGGAAGAACUUCUGCAUCAGCACCUGAGCGGCUCCCGGACCCGAACACUCGAUGCAAAAGGAGGAACCGAAAGCAAAGAGCUCCGCUUUCAGCUGCGCUCAGCAGCAGCAGGAGGGCAAUGCGCUCCUCCAGCCCAGGUCCGACAGUGCCGCCUAUGGGGCUGCGCGCACCAAAGCAAAUCCCAGGCGGAGCUUUGACCCCAAUUAACUUUUUUUUUUUCGCACCGUCUGACCCUUUAAUGACCGCUAAAAUCCCAAUUUUCGGAGCAAUCCGUGCGCUGCUUACAACGACCUUCACCCAGCGCGAUGCAGCAGCAGAUUUUGGGGGGGAGGGAGGGAAUAACCAUUUUCACCCGUUUUUCUCCAUAGGGAAAUACUCGGAGGGCAGUGAACCCAAUUUUAGGGACCCUAAAAUCGAUGAAUAAAUCGGCAAAUUAUUUAUGUUUUGUGUUUUCCCUUCUGUGUCACUGCAGGGGUAAAGAGGUAAAUUCACAGAUAACGACUUUUAACGAUGUUUGCUCACAGGUAACAUUUUUGUCGCUCUCCAACACUCCUACAAACUCAACAGACCAAUUCCUUCUGGUGAUUUUAUGCAAUAAAAGAAUUUAUUCCGUUAAAGAACCCAAACCACCACCUGGCACUGAAGGAGAAUAGAAGAGCACAGACCUCCUGCUUCCCUCUCCUGCUGUCGCACGACAGAAGGACCCCAAGGAUGUGCAGACAACGGGACGCCGUCUGAGCGACUUCUUCUUGGGGAGGGCACAGAGCGGGCGCUGCGGCGGCAGAGGGGCGGCACAGGAGGGGGCA